GGUUUACCGAUAUUUCAAAUCAAUUCCUAUCCUCUAAGACAGAAACGUUUCGCGUUCAGAACAGAAGCACAAAUUUGGGCCGUGACACUUUUCUGUGGUACAAGUGUGCUUUACGCUUCACGUGUAGCAUUUCCUAUUGCAGCAGCUGAUAUCGCAAAAGAAUUUACAUGGAACAAGACGGAUUCGGGUAUCAUGUUGUCAUGUUUUUUCUGGGGUUAUGCGCUCACGCAAUUAUUUGCUGGAUGGAUUGCCGACAUCUAUAGUGGAGAAAACGUCCUACCCAUAUCGAGUUUGGUGUGGAUCGUUCUCACGUUCUUCACACCGCAGCUCUUCGAAUUUGCCUACUGGAGUGGUUUCCCGCUAGUUAUUCUAUUACUUAUUAGAAUAUUGUCAGGAGUGGGACAAGCAUUUCAUAUUCCAUCAAUGGCCUCUAUGAUAGCUCGUCACUUAACGUCCGCCGAUAAAGGACGACUUUUUGGUAUUAUUCUUGCUGGAUCGCAUUGUGGGUUAGUUUAUUGGUCUAUAUGCCUUCAUCGGAUUCUCAACCAUAAAUCUCUCAUAUGGCUACGGAUUAAACUUGCAAGCCCCAUACUACAUGUUAUUCGAAACCUAGUCAAUCCCAUGAUUUUCUGUCAAAAACUUUACAGGGCUGCGGCUGCCGCUCAGUAUGCUGGUGGUAAUGCCUACUAUACAAUGUUCAACUGGCUUCCCAGUUAUUUUCAUGACACAUUUCCAGAUGCUCAGGGUAUUGUUUAUAAUGUUGUGCCCAAUGUAUCAAUCGUGAUCACGUCAAUGUUGUCUCCCUUACUAGCCACCCUAGUACUGAACACUGGCCAAUCGAUGACUGUCACCAGGCGAUUGAUGGAGGGGAUCUCUCUGCUAGGCGUGGCUGCUUGCCUAUUUAUAGUGCCUUAUACGUCAUCCUUCAUACCAGCUCUUUUGAUAUUUUCUCUGUCCAUGGCAUGUCGAGGAUUACAUCAUGGUGGAGUGUCAGUAAAUCCACACGAUUUCGCUCCUCACCACACUGGCGCAGUAUUUGGUAUUUUCAAUGCAUGUGGUUCAAUAACGGGCUUCAUCGGUGUCUACAUUGCCGGUCACAUUCUUGACGCUACCAACAACAAUUGGUCGUAUGUGUUCAUUAUAACAGGAGUGCAAUGCAUCAUCGGCGCUGUCAUUUACGGGCUUUACGGAACGGGUAGCAAAAUCAUCUAA